UUUCAAAUUUGAACUGUCUCAAACAGACCCUGAAACCUUAAUAAAGGCAGCUUGUCUUCAACAUUCUAUACCCUUCUCUCCCCCCCUUCUCUCUCUCUCUCUGCCUUUUGUCUAUUUUUGCCCUUACCUUGGUUGGGUCCCUCUGGCCGGGUAACCCAGCAGACCCAUUUGGGUUUAUUAUUAAAUCUUCUCCAAGCAGCAACACUCCAUUCCUCAACCCCUUCAGAGCACACGCUCCUCUCUGGGGUUUCUCUCUAUAUUUCUCCUUUUUCUUUUUCACUUCGGUUUCAGUCUUACGCUCUCCCCCCCCUUCUCCUCCCCUCUGCAUAUCUGAGGCCUUUCAUGGCGGACAUACUUGACAACGGCGAGUUUUGGCUCCCGUCUCACUUCCUCACUGACGAUGACAAACUUCUGGGCAAGGAAAACUUGGACAAAAAUGGUGCCAACCCUGAUUUCGGGCCGGGCCUUUGCUUUCCAGCCGAAUUUCCAUACGGAUUCGACUCCUUUGGCUCUUCUGCGCUUAACUCGCCGGUUGAAUCGGUGGUGAGUUCUACUGAGACGGAGAGCGACGAGGAGGACUUGCUUGCAGGGUUGGCUCGCCAACUGGCUCGCUCUGCCAUCCAGGAAACUCAGAAGCUCGCGGCUGCUCCAGAGAAAACAUGGAUUUUGUCCGGGUCGCCUCAAUCGACGCUGAGUGGACUCGGGAGCUGGUCCGGGUGCAGUGGAAGCCCUAAUGGUCCGUCGCAGGUAUCAUCCCCCCCAACGACGCCGUUAGGCAUCAACAACGACGCCUGGGACGUAAUAUACGCGGCGGCAGGGCAGGUAGCGAGGCUGAAGAUGGGCGUCGAAGGUCCCAAGUACCACCACCGCUAUCACCAGAACGGGGGACUUCUCGGUGUCCCUGUUAAUACCUCGCGAGUCCCUGGGCCACCGGUGAAGAAACCCUCCUCUGGGUUCUACUCUGACCACUCUAUGGGCCGUAACAUGCCACAGACAAACCAGCUUCAGAAUCUGAGACAGGACCAUCUUGUGAAGCAGCCGCAGCAGACUUCUGUUUGGGGGAGACAAGCCAAGGAGGGAUGGCUUUCUCAGCAGCAACAGCAAAUCCAGAACAGAGGGAAGCUGGUGGGCCAUGAAAAUGGAAGAUGUGGUCGUCCCCUUGGGCUGCCUCAGUCUGCUUGGCCACCUCUGCAACUGCAACAGCAACAGCAGAGAAACGGUAAUGGGUCUGGCAUGAGAGCCGUAUUCCUGGGCGGAUCCGGUGUGAAGAGGGAGUCUACUGGUACCGGUGUCUUCUUGCCGCGCAGAUAUGGAAACCCUUCUGAGUCUCGCAAGAAAUCAGGUUGUUCGACUGCUCUACUCCCUGCUAGGGUCGUCCAGGCUCUGAACUUGAGCUUCGAGGACACCAAUACUCUUCCCCAGCCACGAUUCAGUAAUGCUUCUCCCUUGGACUAUGGUGCUUUGAUGGCUCGUAGAAAUGCCCUUUUCGUGGAGCAGCAGAAGCGAAUGCGGCCAGAAGCACCGAACAACGGCGAAAUACGCCUGCCUCAAGAAUGGACGUACUGAUGAAGUAAAGAGAAGGCUGUUAGUCCCCACACUUGUGUAAUAGCUAGCUCUACUGUUUUGUUGGAAGAAAAAGAACAAAAGGAAAAAUGCAAUAUGAAGGUUCAAAAAAUAUCAGAUAGGAAAAAUGGGUGUUUGCUUUCUAGUUAGGUGAUAGGAAUUUCAAUUGAAGAAAGAUGAACGUGCGUAGGUAGGACGACAAUAAGAAGAAAUCCAGCUUAUUUUUGGGUGGAAGAAGAUUGCAGAAGCUAUUUUUUUGUGGUCUUUGAACAAACUCUGGCUGUGGAUGAAGAACAGGGGAAUUAAGUAGGGAAGUGAACAGAGGAGGGGGCGUUUCCCUUUUUGGGUUUGUAAUAAGUGGGUUGGGUGUAGUAGAUGGGGCGAGGGGGAAGGGGUGUGAGGUUGGGUAGUGUUCUGGAUUUUGUGGAUUUGGGCCUUUUCAGGCUACUAGUUACUGAGUUACUGUCUACUUGGGGUGAAUUUUUGGGCCGGACGGCAAUGUAGGGUUAGUCAUGAGGAGAAAUCCACAGACCCUCCUCUUUUAUGACUCAUGUAAUAUCCCUAAGAUGGGUUUAAAAGAAAAUUUGUGUAAUAAGAGAAGUUUCAGUUCCGUUAGUAUA